AACGUGAGUAGAUUUGACAACUGUUGUGGGGAUGCUGAGGAGAGAGCAUCCUUCACUGUAGGUUUUCACACACACACAGGCCGUGUGUUUUAUACGCUGUGAUGUCACAACGCCUAGCAGUCUUACAUUUUACUUGACUGCCGUGAGUUGCUCUUACACGGAAAACUACGCUUUCAAGCUAAGCUAGGCGCUGACACUCCAAGAUAAGCGAUGGUGGAUUUGUCCGAAGGUGGUGCAGUGUCAGUCGGACACAGCAGAGACAGACAGGGAUCAGGUUCGGGUAAUAAUGACAGGAUAACGUCGAAGAAGUCGCGAACGAGAAGAGGCAAAAGAGGGAAGAGAAGGAGGAACAAAAAGAGCAACAGGAACAAAACGCCACCGCCGUAUUUACCACCGGAGGCUGAAGAAGGGAACAUUGAAUAUAAGUUGAAGCUGGUCAACCCCACGCAGUACCGCUUUGAGCAUCUGGCCACACAGCUGAAGUGGCGACUGCAGGAGGGCCGUGGCGAAGCUGUCUACCAGAUAGGAGUAGAAGACAAUGGUCUGCUAGUCGGCCUGACUGAGGCUGAUAUGAAGGCCUCACUCAACACUUUAAAGAAGAUGGCAGAGAAAGUCGGGGCUGACAUCACUCUCCUCCGAGAGAGGGAGGUUGACUACGACUCAGACAGAAACACGCGCAAAAUUGCAGAAGUCCUUGUUCGAAAAGUUCCUGAUGAUCAGCAGUUCCUGGAUCUGCGGGUGGCAGUGCUAGGCAAUGUGGACUCUGGGAAGUCAACCUUGCUGGGUGUCCUGACACAAGGCGAGUUGGACAAUGGACGAGGCCGUGCACGGCUCAACCUUUUCAGACAUUUGCACGAGAUCCAGACUGGACGCACCUCCAGUAUCAGCUUUGAGAUCUUGGGCUUCAACAGCAAAGGAGAGGUUGUGAACUACAGUGAGUCCAGGACAGCUGAGGAGAUCUGCGAAAGUUCUUCCAAGAUGAUCACCUUCAUCGACCUUGCGGGACACCACAAAUAUCUAAAGACCACCAUCUUCGGCCUCACAAGCUAUUGCCCUGACUUUGCCAUGCUGGUGGUGAGCGCUAACACUGGUAUUGCUGGUACAACUAGGGAACACCUGGGCUUGGCCAUGGCGCUGAAAGUUCCUAUCUUCAUUGUAGUCAGUAAAGUGGACCUGUGUUCCCGAGGCACUGUGGAGCGAACAGUCAGACAACUAGAGCGAGUUCUGAAGCAGCCAGGCUGCAACAAGGUGCCCAUGGUGGUGUUGAACCCUGACGAUGCUGUGACUGCGGCACAGCAGUUCACCCAGUCCACAUGCAUUACACCCAUUUUUACCCUUUCCAGUGUGUCUGGUAAGAGUCUGGACCUCCUGAAGGUUUUUUUGAACAUUCUUCCUCCACUGAGCAACAGCAAAGAGCAGGAAGAGCUGAUGCAGCAGCUCACUGAGUUUCAGGUUGAUGAGAUCUACUCAGUUCCUGACGUUGGGACUGUGGUUGGAGGAACUCUGUACAGUGGAGUGUGUAGGGAGGGCGAGAGGCUGGUGGUGGGUCCAACUGAUGAGGGCUGUUUUCUGCGUCUGAAGGUGGGCAGUAUUCAGAGGAACCGCUCUGCCUGCAGAGUGCUGAGGGCUGGACAGGCUGCAACGCUGGCUUUGGGAAACUUUGAGCGUUCACUACUGCGCAAGGGCAUGGUGAUGGUCAGUCCCAAGAUGAACCCAACCAUCUGCUGUCAGUUUGAAGCUGCCAUUGUCCUGCUCUUCCAUGCCAAGACUUUCCGUCGGGGGUCACAGGUCACCAUACACGUUGGUAAUGUCAGGCAGACUGCCACUGUGGAGUGCCUUCAUGGAAAGGAUGAGCUGCGUACUGGCGAGAGAGCUGUUGUUCGUUUCCACUUUAUCAAACACCCUGAGUACUUGCGCCUGGGUGCUAAGCUUCUCUUCAGGGAGGGUGUCACCAAAGGCAUCGGCCAUGUCACCUGCCUGCUGCCCCCUUCCCAGAAUCACAACCAGAACCAGAACCACGACCAGAACCUGCAGGAUUAUUAGGAAUGGUAAAUGGUAAAUGGACUGAUUCUUAUAUAGUGCUUUUCUACUCUCCCGGAGUACUCAAAGCGCUCUAUACAACAGGAAUUGCUCCUUCAUCAAACAGACCGAUAUUGAGGCGGUGAGAAUGAUGACUGCUUGGGGAACAUAGGUCUCUGAUCAAAUUUAGCCAUGCACAUCAUGUUGGAGUCCCACCUGUCUUGGAUCUAUGUUUCUGUCCUCAUCCGUUCCUGCGGCGAUGUCAGAAAGGCUGUUUUCCAACAAACAUUCAUAUCUUGAGCUAAAGCUGGAUGACCAUAGUAGACUUAAGCCUGAAGAUUCAUUUGAAGUUUUGCCACAGAUUGAUUAAAAGGUUCCUUUUUAUCAUUGCAGCUGUCAUUGGAAGAUAGCAGGAUUAUUUUAAAAGCAAGAAUAGUGCUUACUCAUCUUUGAUGUGGAGUAAAGGUGUAAUUCUGUUUCUCUUGAUGCGCAGGACGGAUUGACCUCGCUCUUCGUACUGUCUCAGAGACAUUGCACGCUUAGACUCAUCAGGAAAUUUGGUGAGGGAAGAUUAUAUUUAGCACAUACCUUAUUUUCAUUAGUCUUAGGUGGCUUCCUUUCUAGGGAUUCUGCUUAUGACAUCAAACAUUUUAGACCCUUGCCGUGGUUUUUUCAUGGUUUAGCUAUUGACUGGGGUGUUUUUCACAAAGCAUUGGAGGAGUCACGUGACAUUAUCUGACAACAUCGGUGGGCAAACUAGUAAUUUGUGAUUUCAAAUUAUUACCAGAAGUGUGUAACUUUAUUAGCAGCAUCCUCCUGAAAUGCGCCAACAACAUUGAGAGUAACAUCUUCCUCUCUGCCCCUUAAUGCUCGCUGGUCACUAUGGUAAUGUGUAAAUAUUUCUUUCAAAAUAAGACACACAACUACAACAAGGGAAAAGACCCAGUUAACCGAGUAAAUGAUAGAAAACCCUGAAAACCAUAAAUUUCACACCCGAGCCUCAACUCUAGCGGCCCGGUACCAAACGACUCAGAACCGCUGUUUUCCAACAAACAUUCAUAUCUUGAUUUAAAGCUGGAUGGCCAUAGUGGACUUAAGUAGUUAAUUAAUUUGAUGUUUUGCCACAGAUUGGGGGUUGGGGACCGCUGGACUAAUUAGUGCAAUGAUUGAUCUAUAUGUAUUGAAUGAUUGACUAAGAUGUUUGGGUGAUUCAAAAAAAAUUUUGGUCUCUUAAUUUAAGAUCACAUUUUACUAGUUUGUGUUCACAACUGCAAAAACAUAUUUGUCACCUACUCGGUGCCACAUACACCACAGUGGUUUUUAGAUUUCAUUUUGGGGGGGUGGGUUGUAAAAUACUAAUAAUUAGACAUAUUUCUGCAGGACGACCAGGUGAUUGGCAUUACAGUUAUUUUUUGAGGAUGAUUUCUGAAUGUUGGAUGAAAUAUAUAUUUCGUCCGGAGUUAAGCUGUUAGCUAAAUGCAUCACUGUGUUCCAAGAGUGUGACAGGUUCCUUUUCCCUCCAAAAGAUGAUUUGUUUUUGUAGAAGAAACUUUGAUUUUCUACUGUUUGCAGCUUGUUGGCAUUAAAUUCUUAACCAUCAAAUCCUGUACAUUCAGUAUCUGCAUUUACGAAUGACAGAAAUAUUUGCUAUUAGGUUUCCAGUUUGUUGCAACUCUCCAUUCAUAUUUGUUGGCUGUAUUAGAAGUUUGUAGAUUUUAUGUGCCAGGCAGCUUUUGCAGCUAAACCUAACCUAACCUGCAUGCCCUUUGAGUAAUUAAAAAAACAAAACAAAUGCACAUUUCAAGUAUAACACACAUGUGGUGGAGUGUUUAUGCAGGUAAACUUCAUUUUUCUGGGGUUCUGUGCAGUUGUAAAGCUAAAUAUUGAAUGUACUUUCCUUGAUCCUGUGUAGCAUUUCAGUCUGUUUACUGUUUAAUAGAGUGAUGGUUGAUUUCUCACUUUGUAUUUUGAUUCUGCAUGUUGGAGACUACCAGUUCUGCAGUACAGUGUAACAUGGAGGUGGUGCUGAAAGGUGUGAGAUGCUAAAGCUAAACAUUUAAAUGUUAAGGGGUGAAUUUAUUAGUUUUUCCUGACUGUCCCUUUUAGUGAGAAAUAAAAAAGUAACAGUAAGAAAUGCAAA